GAUGGAAUCCUCAUAAAACCUUACUUAGUUGCAGAGAAGGCUUUCAUUGUGGGUAUUUUAGAAGAUGUUAAAAAGAUUGAGCCAAUAUUCAGACAACUGGUAGAAGAAACCACUAGACAACUCAGCAGAGUGGAAGAGGAUGUGCCUCUUGAACCCGAAGCUUAUAAAUUAAUGUUUGCACAUGGUCUGGAGAAAAACAUCAUGAAAGAUUGUCCACAUGUGAAGAUUCGUUAUGAUGGAACUUCUAAGGGAGUUAAACUUUACGGACCAAGAGAUGAAGUUCUCAGUACUAAAUCCAAAAUUGUCAAUAUUAAGCAAGACCUAAAGUAUAAAUUCAUCCAGCUAGAUGCACACAUCAUCAAGUUUCUGAAGGCAGUGGACAAUGAAGAAUUGUCAUGUAGUCUUCUUAUGAAAAAAAACAUUAAAGCAGCUUUUCAGAUGAAAGAUAAUGCAGUCAUGUUAACUGGUUACUCCGAUAACGAUCUGAGAAAUGGUGAAAAAACAAUGAAGAAGGAAUUAGUCUGUAAGCGGAUUUUUGUUAAGGAUAAAAGUGUCACUCAGAGUCCGGAGUGGGGAAAUAUGAAGAGCUUCCUAAAGGAGAUGUUUAAUAUUGAUGGGAUAAAGGUUUCCAUAGAGGAGUUCCCUGUGAGGGAUGGAGCUGAGGUGGUGAUCACUGGUCUAUCCUCACCUGCAGAAGAAACCUACCAGCAGAUCCAUAACUUUGUGGAAAAGACCACUUUGGUGGAGAAGGACAUCAAGCUGAAGUCAGUGGUGGUGUUGCAGUUUAUGGAGGAAAAAAGAACGCAGGAAUGGAAUGAAAUAAUGCGGAAUGUGAAGGUUGUGAAGAAACAGAACUUCAUGUCCUUGUCUGGCCCAAAGUUCUAUGUAGAGGAGGCAGAAACCAACAUAAGAAAAAUUAUUUCCAAAAUGUAUUCUGACACCUUAUACAUUGAUAAACCCGGGGUCAAAAAAUCCUUUUUUGAAAAUGAAGAUAUGUAUGUUACUACAGUAUGGCACAAUCACAAAUGUCUGAUACAACUACAGAAGGAGGCAGAUGACAGAAUUUCUAAUCAAAAUGAGCUCCAUUGCCAAGUCAGCCUCCAGAAUGGAGCCACAAUGGUUAUAUAUAAAGGUGAUCUGUGCCAACACAAUGCUGAUGUCAUCAUAAUUGCCUCAAAUAAGAAUUUAAAGCCAACUGGGGGACCAGCGCUGGCUUUGGUGAAAGCAGCAGGACCCAGUUGUCAGAAAGAAUGUGAACGCAUUGUUCAAAAGGAAGGAGAGCUGGAGCCGGGAGAGUGUGUCAUAACAGAUGUGAGCAAUUUAUCAUGUAAGAAGGUAAUUCAUGCAAUUGCUCCCAAACUGGAUAAAAAAGAAAAUUCAAAAUGUGAGCGUCUUCUACGGAAAGUGAUAAUCAACAGCUUGAAGAUGGCUGCAGAUAACGGUCAAAGCUCUGCUGCACUUUCUGUUGGUGAUUUCAUUAUUUCUGGGUGUCCCUUGGACCUUUGUGCCCAAAACAUUGUAAAAUCAAUAAAAUCAUACACAGAAAGCCAAGAAGGCUUCAACACCAUCAAAAAAAACAUCCAUCUCGUAGACAGUGAUGAAGGCACUCUAAAGACUAUCACUGAAAUAGUGAAUGAAGAGUUUGAAGGAAAACAUGUCCAGGUUCCUUGGAAACAUGGCAUGAAAAAGCAGAAGAAGAAGAAGGAGGAAAUUAUGAACAAAGCCAACGAUCAAAUGGUGACCACCAAGGAAGGGUUGAACAUCAAUAUAAAACAUGGAAAUAUUGAAGACGCAAUGACCAAUGUGGUGGUAAACAGUGUGGGAACAGCCCUAGAUCUUGGUGCUGGAGCUGUGUCGAAGGCUUUGUACAGGAAGGCUGGAAACAACCUCCAGGAUCUUCUGAAUGCAGAGAGACAGGGGAAGCAGGUGGAAGACGGCUCCAUAUUUGUUACUGAUGGCUGUAAACUGCCCUGUGAGACAUGGUUAUCCAUGCUGUGUGGUUCCUGAGUGGAAUGGUGCAAAUGGUUCUUCUGAGAAGAUUCUGAGAAAAGUUGUGAGUGACUGUCUGAGCACCACAGAAACCAAACAACACCGAUCAAUCACAAUCCCAGCCAUCGGAACAGGAUAUCUGGGUUUUCCCAGGAAUAUUGCGGCUGUCUUAAUGUUUGAGGAAAUUCUCGAGUUCAGCAGCAAAAAUCAACUCCAAUAUCUGAAACAAGUGGAUUGCAUGCUGCACCCGAGUGACACAGAAAAUAUAAAGGCUUUUAACUCUGAGCUGGAGAAAAAGAUCAACACUGGAGGACAGAAGAAAGAAGACAAACCCCAAUCUUUAUUGGGCAAUGUGAAAAGCCCUGCAAAGGAUGUCUAUGAAAUGAAGAUUGGAUCUCUCACCUACCAGGUGAAAACUGGAGAUAUAACAAAGGAAAAGUGUGACAUCAUUGUCAACUCCACCAAUAACACGUUCAACCUCAAAUCAGGAGUUUCUAAAGCCAUCCUGGAAGGAGCGGGGCCUCAGAUAGAAAGUGAAUGUGCCAGGCUCGGAACCCAACCCAACAAUGGGUACGUGGUGACGCUAGGAGGAAAACUUCAUUGUAAAAAUAUAAUACAUAUUGUUGGCCAAACUAAACCAGAUUUAAUAGGGAAGUGUGUAAUGGAUGCCCUGCACAUAUGUGAGAGACAACAAGCAACCUCAGUGGUCUUUCCAGCCAUGGGGACAGGUGGCGCUGGCAAGGUCUCCUCCGCAGAUGUGGCCGAUGCAAUUCUAGAUGCCGUGGUGGAUUUUGUCAAAUCUAAAUCAGCCGUGACCGUCCAACACGUGACGAUGGUGAUAUUCCAGCAAACCAUGUUAAAAGAUUUCCAUGACAGCAUGAAGAAGAAGGAGCCACCAGCUGCAGCCAAACAACAGUCCUGGUAUUCUAGGACCACAUCAGCUUUUUUUGUUAUGACCCAAACCGGCAAUAAGGACAUCAAGGAAGAGGAAGAAGAAGAACUCAAAGUUUUUGAGCUGAGAGAAAACAUCGAUCCGGCCAUUUUCCACCUGUGUGCAGAAAGCCCCAAAUCUGUGAAAGCGGCCUCAGACUGGCUCCAAGACCACAUAACAAAGGAUCAGCAUGACAAUACUAUCACAGAUAACUGGAUACAGGAAUUAGAUGAUAAGGACCAUGGUGACCUGGCUCGGGUUCAAAGGGACAAUGGAGUUUCUAUUAAUAUUGACUCAACACGGUCCACUAUUAAGGUGACGGGCCACACCAAGGAUGUUCUGAAGGUCAGUAAUAAAAUCCAGGAGAUGAUUAAAGGUGUGCGAGAUAAGAAGACGCAAGAACGAGAGGCGGAGCUGUGCAGUAACGUGGUGGAGUGGGGAUAUUACCAAGGCACCAAGUUUAUUGUCUUCAACAAAAUGACAAACCUAAAGCUGGAAAAGGCUUAUAUCGAUGAGAUAGGUUUUAUGGACAUUGAUAUCGGCGGUGUAAAACACAAGGCAAAUAUAGAGCUGAAAACCGCAAUGAAUGCCAAAGGAACCACGAUCAAUCUUCAACGAAAUCCAAAAAAUGAAGAGUCCCUCGUAAUCCCUCCAUAUUGGGAUUCCAUGGACAACAUCCAGCUGAAGGUGGUACCUCUGAACAGCAGCAGCCCGGAGUACUCAGAGGUGGAGGGACUCUUUACAAAGACGUGUCAAAUGAGAAUCAUGAAGGUAAUACUGAA